UACUCAGGGCCGCAGAUACUCUGUCCACACUGAUGGCCUUCAUUGGUCAGUUUGCAAGUGACGUCACAGUUUCGUCCUGUCUCGGAGGAAGCGGGAACCCUAUUCAGCCUCGAGCUGACUGGAUCUGUCUCCACGCUGGUUUGCUGUCUGAUUGAAAAAAUCAAAAACUUAACACAUGGCUUGCCACAAAGAAAUAUGGCAAAACAUUGGAGAGGGCUUUGUCCAAGAAUAUUACUGCCGGUUUGACAAUACCAACAGGAUGGAACUGGGUAACCUAUAUUCUCCUGAAGCCUGUUUGACAUGGGAAGGAUCACCUUAUCAAGGGAGGGAAGCCAUUGCUAACAAAUUAGCAAGUCUGCCUUUCAAGACUAUUAAGCACAUUAUCACAGAUCAAGACUUCCAGCCCACGAUAGACGGCUGUAUCCUCAUCAUGGUGUUUGGACAGUUAAAGGUAGAUGACGAUCCACCAAUGGCCUUUCAUCAAGUGUUUAUGCUGAAGGGCCAAAACUGCGAAUGGGCCUGCACAAAUGACGUGUUCCGGUUGGGGAUCCACAACAUACCAGUGUAGCCAGUUGGAUCUGUUGGCUCACACACAUCGACAUCCAGCUCUGACUCCGGUCAAACUGUGGUUAUGCGGUCAUUAAAAACACAUGGAAUUAAAUGCAAACUUCCUCCAUGUUUACAUUACAUCUAUAAGCAUACCUUUUGUAUCAAAAAUAUCAAAUUACAUUGCUGUUCAUUAAAAGAAUUUAUCACACUGAA